AUGCGAACGACGUCGCUCAUAAUGGAGCAUUUCGGCUUCAACGUCGUGAUCAAAGUGGUGGACGAAGUAGUCACCGCCAUGAACAACAUGAGCUUCAAGGGAGUCGAGGCAUUUGAAAAAUACUUGUUGGACGUGCAUGCCAAGGGGAAAUUCCCAGCUAGCGUCACAGUCGAUAGCAUCAAGGAAGGCACCGCGAAAUUGGAGCUGUUGAUCCAGUCUAACAUCGAUGACAGUUUCGACAAGUAUGAGCUAUAUUGCGUGCGCAACAUCUUUAGCAUCCCGCCGCGACUAGUUGAGGGCGGAUGGAUCCGGUUGAAGCAGCACGAAGGUGUUGAUUUCGCGAGUGACUCUACAACGAUGAGGUUUGAGUUUGAUCAAGAGGUGCUGCAUAUGUACCAUUGCAUCGAGGAGGAGUUGCAUCUCCGGAAAAUCAUCAAGUUGCAAACGGUCAAGAUGCAGAAAAUCGUCGCGUAUUUGAACAUGAUUCAGCGGAGCUUACUACCGUUGCUGUCAGGGAAUGACUUGGACCAAGCAAGUGGUUCAAAAGAAGGAGGGGCAACUCAAGAAGAGAAAUAUAACCGUUUGCAGCCGUUGGAGCUGGCGUUGGGGUAUUUGCGGGCGCAGUUAAACUCCACUAUGGCGCAAGUGGAGCAAUUGAGCAAGAGGCUAGAUAAUUUGCAGAAUAGUCGUCGUGGGGUCCUAAGGCCGAGCUCGCGCGAGAAGUUUGUCGAGAACCGAACUAUGCGGAUCUUGCAGCGGCUUGGUCUCGAUGAGUCUGCGUUGCAAACGAGGAUACGGAAAGUGGAGCUGCCCAAUGAUGAGAAUGGCGCCAGUGCAAAUAAUAGGGACAAUAGCCUCCUGGACGAACGAUUUCCUACUAGCGUUGAACAUUUAUCGCAGUUGAAGGAUAUAAACAAGAUUGUUUAG